ACGUGCCCCUUAUUGACUAAAACUAAAAUAUAUAAGAGUCGUAGAUGAAUUAUCCGUUUGCAGAUUUUGGCGGAUGUUAGACGAAUUUAACGGUCGGUAUAUUUAAAAAACAUAUUACAAUAGUUGGCUUAAUACAUUUUUAUUGGUUUGAAUUAUAAUGGUUUAAUGUAAAUAUAAAAUUAAUAUAUUUGACGUAUCUUUUCACGUAAAAACUUUUAAAAAUACGAAAUACAGUUGGGUUAACGUUGUUUGUUGUGUUUGUAACGUUCAUAAUAUCAACUAUAUGCUGACAAUAAAUUUGUUUCAAAUUCCUAAAUCUUUCACAAAUUGAUCACAGAUUUGUUUACAUAAUUGCAGGGUUUCUACUACAUUUUUUUGUUCAGCGCGUUUGAAUCUGAAUCGAUACAUCUUCGGUGUCUUUUGGGAUGUUAUUGCACUUGUUGUCUCCUCACAGUUUGUCUCAAGACGUACAUAUUCAUUGUCUCAUUCAUUACCCCUCUAUUCCAUAAAAAUGGGAGCUGUCGGCCGAACUCUCUACUUUCUGUACAUUUUUGCUCUGGUUUAUCUCAUCAAUAACAUGUAUGGGCUCCAUAUAUUCCUAGUGAACAUUAAGAAGAAAAACCCUUUGAUGUUAAUAUCUCUUUAUAUUCUCGUUUCAAUUGCGUUAUCUUGUAAACUAGUUGAUAAGAGAAAAAACCAACAGUCUAUCGAAAACUUCUGCUGGCAUCGGAUCCUUAUUGCAGGCGCAGUGGUCUGUUUGAAUGUUUUAUUUCCGGUGGCUAUGAUUACCAUGUUUCUUGGAGGAUGGAUGAAUACCCUUGCCUCUAUAUUGAUCUAUCUCCUACUGCUUUGCCCACCUAUCAGUCUUGCAAAUGUUCUGUUAGAAUCUGAAUCACCAAUCAAGUACACUUUUCCAAAAACCACAAAGCUAACCAACCUUCAAAAGGUUUCCAUCAUCCUAUUCUUCACCAUUAUGGAAGUAUACUAUAUCUACUUGUGCACUUGGACACAUCAUUCUCAAAACGAGUAUAAUAUUAUGAACAAAUUAUGGCCAGAAAGUGUAUACUUAUGCCCUAUAAUCAAUAUAAUGUCUAUACCAGCAGUCAUUGUGGCCUGCUAUGCACACAACUCGGAAAAAAUGAAUUUAUCACGUUUGAGACCUGAUGAUGGAUUAGAACUUAUUAAGAUCAGAACUUGGAACCCUGCGACUGGAGUUUGGGAAUUGGACGAAAAGCCUGAAGAGCACGAGGUUGUAGAAGUUUAAUAUGUAAAGUAUUUAAAUAAAGGCU